AAAGGCCAGAUAGUGCCGUCUCCACAGAUCCGACUUAGUCAGUGUCAAGCGGUCAGGCAGGCAAUCAAGACGAGCUCGAGCUCUUCUCCCUCACUAUCUCCAACGGCCGACCACUGCAGCCUAAUUCAAUUAAAAUUAAAACGCAAAUCUACGCAAGAGACUCGAGUGAAAUUGCCCCAAAUUCUCCGACAAUUAUAGGUCGCGCACCACUCUGACUAUAAUACAUCCCAAAGUUCCGGUCAUGCAAUCGGAUCCAUCUUCCCUUGGCGCGGAAUCCAUAGCUAUGCACCGCUCCACUUCAAUGCCCGUGAAGCCCAAGCCGCUGGAGCAGAAGCCCCUGCUGCGAUCCUCCGAAAAGGAGACGGUCAAUGCGGCGGACUACUACCCAGAGAGUCCUGGCUAUGUGCGUCGCAGGAAGUCCAAGACGACGGGGGAUCAGCUGGAGACGCGCAGCGAGCAAAACUUCCCCUGCACCAACGACUGGGCAGGCAGUACCAUUGAAUUGACUCCAGAACCGGGAACAUCUUCCUCCGAUAUCCAGCGACGCAGCCUGCACCGGGUGAUGGAGAAGAAUGGCAAGGAGAACGUUGUAUUCCGCCGCAUACCAGAAAAGUCUUGGCGUUAUAUGCGGGAUCUGGUCACCACUCUGAUGGAACUGAAUUGGAAAUACAUGCUGACCCUUUUCCUGGGCAGCUACUUUCUCUGCUGGCUGCUCUUCGCUGCCCUCUGCUAUGUGGUUUCCUAUUCGCAUGGCGAUUUCAUCUUUGACCCCAUCAGUGGAGCCAGAAUGGGAGAGGGAGAGGACCCGUGCAUCUAUGGGGUAGGUAACUGGGUGGCCAUGAUCAUCUAUUCGGUGGAGACGCAGACCACUCUGGGUUUUGGCGAGAAGUAUGCCAGCGAGGAGUGCCCGGAGACGGUUUUUCUGUUUGUCAUGCAAAUGUUGAGCGCCGCUCUGAUCGAGGGAAUUAUGGUGAGCGUGAUCUAUGCCAAGACAGCUCGUCCGGCCAGGCAGAUGACCAAGCUGAAGUUUAGCGAUAAGGCGGUGAUCUGUUAUCGCGACGAGCAGCUGUGUUUGCUUUUCCGCGUGUGCGAUCCCCGCGAGCAGCAGUCCAUCGAGUCCAAGAUACGCGUCUACAUGAUCGUAGACAAGCGCACGCGCGAGGGUGAGGUCAUAAAAACUCACACGGAACUGAAGCUGGAGGGAAAUGGCGAGCAGAUAAUCGUCUGGCCCGAUGUCGUCUGCCAUGUCAUCGACGAGACGAGUCCCCUGUAUCAGUACACCAAUGCCAAACUCUUUAAUGCCGCUCAGUUUGAGCUGUAUGUCUCCAUUGUGGGCACAUCGCCGGCCACUGCCCAGAUGACAGAGGCCAAGACAUCGUAUUUGCCCAGGGAAAUAUUCUGGGGCCAGAGGUUCGUCAACAUUAUACACUACGAUGCCCAGAACGAGCGGUAUUUCGUGGACUAUGAGAACUUCAACAGGACUAUUUCGGUGGAUAUGCCCAUUAAGUUGGCGACAACGAACGAUCAGUUGAAAUUGGAAUACAGAAAGUAAAGGCUUCUAUACUGGCUA